UUACCUCAUACAUUGUAAGUCUGUGUUUGCAAAGACGGGUUUCGAAAAAUGGACUGACAAUGACAUUUUUAAAGGCAACGAAAAUCAUGUAAAUUAAGCAGUUUGAAAUUUGAAAUUGUUGAGAAAAGGCUAGAAAUUAGCGUCGGCGACUAGUAAUGGAUUCUUUCGGUAGUCAAGCUCUUCUUCAUGCAUCAAUAAAUCGAAGUUCAGAUUCUGGUGAUCCUGAAGUGGAAUAUCGAGUCAAAAAAGUUACCGAGAAGUUCUCCGAGUGUAUGCAUAUUGUUGCCAAUGAGCCGUCGCUUGCCAUGUUCAGAAUUCAAGAACACAUCAGGAAGUCUCUACCAAAGCUUGCAGAGUGUAAGAUGGAGCUUGGUCAGACGCAACAACUUGUCCAAGGAGCCUAUUAUGAUGUGGAUUAUGCCAUCAGGGCAGUGAGUGAUAUACAGAAUAGCACUCAGUCCUUCGCAUCAAUAGAAAAUAUGCUGAAAGACUCCAUAACAUGCAAGAGACAACUAAAUGCCAAAGCCCAAGCAGCCAAGGCAGUGAAAGCAAGCAGAGAUUCUCCUCUGACUCUAAUCAAAGAUGAGACGGGAGAAACGGCCAGUACAGGUUCAAAUACCUGAGGAUUGGAAGCAAGGAAUCUUCUAGAUGACA